UGUAGUGUACAAUUCUAUGGUAAAAACUUGAAAAACUCCGAUGAACUUCCUUCUUUUCAUAAAAACAUGUAAUAUGUCCCCUGCAUAUACAUUCCCCAAUCUGUUGUUAUUUUGAAAUUUUUACAUACUGUUAGAAAUAAAGUUGUAAACUGACGAUUCAAGAUAUAUAAUGAGAAGACAAUGAGCUGGAAUCCAUUCAACCGACAUACAGCUCCAAAAAAGAGUGUGAUAUCUAGAACUGAAGAAAGAGAACUUGUUAAAGAAAUAAAAAAGCUAGAUCAACAGGGUGAGACUAGUAAAAAGUUACAAAAAGAUGCCAAACGAUGGGUUGAAGCUAACAAUGCUGUUGCAGGGAGUGAACACAAAAUAACACAAGAUCUACUGUCAUGUCAACUUUGCCAGUCUGAACCAGAGUUCUAUAAACAGAUAGAGGAAUGGAACAAAACAGUAGAAAAACAAGCUCAAUCUACCAGAGAGUUGAAUGGUACAGUACAGAAGACAGUUGUUGAGCCAGUGAAAAAGUUAAAUGGAGUAUACCCAAGUAUCGACAUUGCCAUAAAGAAAAGGGAACAAAGUUUACAGGAAUAUAUGAAAAGUCAAGCCAAACUAGAGAAAUAUCAGGAGAGAGAGAGAACAGGACAGAAUAUUGUUAAACUGGAAACUAGUAAAAAGUCCUUGAUAUCAGCUAAAGAAGAUUUUACUAGUCAAAAUAAUGCCUUGAAGGAAGAUAUACCCAAGUUUAUAGACAUGAGAACGGAAUAUAUACAGCCUUCUCUUGAAUCCUUGAUUAAAUCACAGGUUGCCUUGAAUGCAGAAUCUGUCAGAUUGUACACAGAACUAUCAGAACAUAUGGGAAGCAAGGAGGACAACUCUAUACAACAGACAUUGACAGAGAUAAAAGCACUGUCAAUAACAGUGGACUGAUAUGUCUCAUUCAACAUUUUUUUUUCUCAUGUAGAUAAUUUCACUGGAUUGGAAUGUAUAAGGCCAAAAAAAAUAUAUGUCUGUUUCCUGUUUCCUGACCGACCCCGACUCACACCACCCGACUCUAGACCUUUUUAU